GCUGUGGCAUCUCCUUCAUCUCCUCCACUGCCCAAGCAAAUUAAGCUGGACGCAGAAGCAUCCUUCCAUACUCUCUAUGUAAUCUCUAUGUGAUUGGAAGUGGAGAUUCCACUGUCUGAAAGAGACCGAACUCCUGUCACACCAUGGUGGAUGUGAAGUGUCUGAGUGACUAUGAAUUACAGCAUGAACUUAAUAAGCUUGGAUUUUCACCUGGACCAAUACUACCUUCCACCAGAAAAGUGUAUGAAAAAAAGUUGGUGCAACUGUUGGUCUCACCUCCCUGUGCAUCACCUGUGAUGACUGGACCUGAGGAGAUGGACGGAGCUCAGGAUGAUGACGACAGUGAAGAGCUUAAUGCCACUAUCAUUUUGAAAGGAAAUACCAUUCUCUCAUCAGAAAAAAACAAGGGACCCAAAAAAAGACCCGAGACUUCCAUCACUAAACAAAAAGCCCUAGAUAUCUACUGCCUGGCUUGUAAGACUUCUGAGAGAAUAAGGUUACCUUCAAGAGCAUCAGACACCCGAUUCAAAGGAUGGAGUAGCACCCGAGAGACAGACUACUGCCCCGUGAACAGGAGUUUUGAGUGUGGGAACCUAGAAAUUCUUCCAGUGGGCUUGAAGCUUGCUAUGUUUGGCAUCUUCAUCAUUGUGAUCUUUGUCUACAUAACGGUGGAAAGGAAGCCGUUCUUUGGCUAAGUGCUUUAGGAAGUAACCGGGUGCAGGAGAGAACAGAAAGACUGCUCCGAAGGGGGAUGCCCAGCCCCAUAGCUUCCCACUAUGCUGCUCUCACAAAUCCGUACCCAGCUCAUAAUCUCAAAGCCGAAGGGCCUUACACACUGUCUAGUUCACCACUCGUGCUUCAAGAUAAGGAAAUAGGCCAGGGCGGUAGAGGGGAAUGAACAAAAGUCAUAAUGACCUGAAACCAGCAUCCACGGUGGCAGGAGCGAGGGAGAGAACGAAGCACUCUUGUCCAAGAGCUUGAGGACAGGGAAUUCCCUGAGUCAUGCUGGCCAUCAUUAAAAACGCUGCCACAUUUGAGCAUACUUCUGAAAAGAAAA